GCUCCUUAUUGCGCAGUCAUGGAAGCAAAAUUGAGGCCAUUCUUUAAGGCGUCCGUCAAAAAUAGACAGUUGCCUGGAAUCGGAGCCUUUUUAGUAGAUAAAAAAGGCAUUUUUCUUUUCCGAGAGGCUUUUGGAUCGACUCAAAUAGAGAAUCCGACUGCACCUACGUUUGAUGUGGAUACCGUCCUACCGAUGUUUUCAUGCACAACACUUUGGACCACGAUCGCGGCGCUGCAGCUGAUUGAGCAAGGCAAGCUGACACUCUCAGAUUAUGUAGAGCAAUAUGUCUCCGCGAUAUCGAAAGUCCAAGUCCUCGAGUGCAAUCAGCAAAAGGAGGGAUCGGCACCAUCAUUUCGACCGCCCAACUCGAAACCAACCAUUCUUCAGCUUAUGGGUCGACCCAUACAGCAGGGUUUUCCUACGACUUUCUCGACCAACUAACACUGGCGCGGCGGACGUCCACAGGUCGACUGCCGACGCAAUUCUAUACUGUUGGUGAUUGGGCCGACUUCGAACGCCCUUUGGUAGCCGACCCAGGCACGAAGUACAUUUACGGGAUUAGUACAGACUGGUUGAGCUUUGUGAUUGAAGCAGCAUCAAAGAUGCAACUCCCGGACUAUAUCAACUCCCAUAUCCUGAUACGUUUAGGAAUGAAAGACACAGCUGCAAUUCCAAGGCCGGAAGGGACAAAGGACAUCGUUCACUUCAAGGUGAACGACCACCUGAUCAGCGAAGCGAAUAUGAAGAACGCCGAAACACCCAGGUUUUCGGUGUAAGUGCUUUUAUCUACUCAACAAUUAAUGACUAUGCGACGUUGCUUCCUACUGUCCUGAAUGGAGGAACAAGUCCUGGGAUAGGCGAAACCAUCCUUGCGAAGGAAACAGUCAAGGACUACCCUUUACGCAUUUACUCUCUUCGGAAAUUGACAAGUCUUUGCUUGGUGAAUUUCGACCUAGCAUUCCGCUUCUUUCGCUCGAAGGUCCGCUCAUGCCGACCCUGCCCUCCAAGGCCAGCGGCUGGUCAGCUGGAUUGCUACUAAACCAUGUCGACGUGCCGGACGAUCGCAAAGCGGGCAGCGGCGUCUGGUGCGACCUUGGAAAUAUAUACUACUGGAUCGAUCUCACCACAAGGAUAGCCGGGAUGGUGUGUACCUCCAUCCUACCAUCCCCUAAUCCGACAGUUCUGCGCUUGUUCGAGAGGCCUGAAAGAGCUUGCUACGGUUAUAAG